AUGGAGGCCGAAAUACCUUUUGAUGAAUUAAUCGUGGAUCGUAUGGAUGUGUUUGACGAUGGCGCGAAAGCUCUAUUCACGUUCAAACUCAACGGCAAAAGGAUCUUUGUUUCAAUAUUCGCAAAGCCUUAUGGAGAAAAUGACGAUGAUGAGGAGGAGACUGUUGAGGACCGCCUAAUUGAGCUUCUCACUGAUGCAUCGGACGAUGACCUCGAUUUCUGCGAGGAUGAAGACAUAGAAUUUUACGAAAAGUCUGUUGACGAGGCUGCUCACAUCGUGAUGGAUAUUGGAAGGAUUCCAUUCUCCCAGGUCGCACCGCCGCUUAUACGACAUGAUUAUGAGGAACCGAAGGAUUUACACCAUGCGAUGUUCCCCGAAACCUUUGACUUUCGUCUCGAGACCAUCCAUGAUACUGCAUUCAUGUAUCCGAUCACGCCUGGUGAAGCAGCCAAACCGCGCGACGACGGUGGUCCUGAUCCUAAUCUCAAUAUUGACUUCCUACCAGACCCCAAAACACCUAGAUACUCGACAAAAGAUAUCAUUGUUGAGAAAGAGUAUAAGUACGGUCUAUGGGUUAGAGAGGUCAGGGUCGGGUCAGAAACUAUGGUCUGCAAAGCUUUUCCAAGGGGUCUGGAAUAUGAAUAUUUGGCUCCAGAGCUCAAAAUGCUUCAAAUGAUCGAGAAAGUGAACACAGCACUCAAGACGCCACUCCGAGUUCCAUUAUUGAAAGGAUACGUCGUCCACCCAGUCACAGAAGCAAUACUCGGUUUACUACGCACCCGCAUUCCACCAAGUCAGUACGGAAACUCCAUUUCAGAUGCUGGAAAGCACAUGUCCAAGAUUCCAGUCGAUAUUAGGCGACGAUGGCUGCAACAAAUUACAGAAACUGUCAACGCUCUACAUAAAGUCGGAUUGGUUUGGGGCGAUGCAAAGCCUGGGAAUGUAUGCAUUAAUCCAGAUAAUAAUGCUUGGCUCAUUGACUUUGGGGGAGGAUGGACACAGAGAUGGGCAGAUAAGGGUAUUGCUGGCACGGUAGAAGGGGAUAAGCAUGCGUUGACCAAGAUCAAGGCAUUUCUGCUAUUUAAGUGUCCUGAAAUGACACAGGAGCAGAUAAAGGAGCUUUUCUAUGGGGUAUUCAUGAGUUCUUCUGAGUAG